AUGGUUGCGAGAAAUGUCCUUUUCUUGCCCGAAACCGAAUUCACAGUGCCAUCUGUGUGCGAGCCGAUUCCCUCCCUAAUUGCCCUUGGCGGUGUUAUCCCUUCUCCACUCCGCCCUCGUCUAAGCCGAACAACUCAUCAACCAGUUCUUCUCACUCUCGACAACAAAACAUUGCGUCAUUCACCGGCUUCACCCUUCCUACUUAUUCAUCCAUUCAUCACGCACCAUCCUGCCGCUAUCAUUUCCGUCACACGCCAUGCAGCUAGUCUAGUGAUUUUUGCCAUAAGCAUACAUGCAUGCAUGUACGCACUAAAAUAA